AUGGACAGGAAUGAAGCCAUGUUUAAAGACCUGGUGGAUGCGUACAUAGGCAUGACUACCACAGUAAAGGAACUGAAGACCGAAGUUACUGAUAGACUAAACAAGAACAUCGGCGAGAUCAAGGACAAGCUCAACACAAUCGCUACCAAAUAUGACAUGAAUGCCCAAAUGAGAUCCACUCGUAAUACUAUAGCAGCACCAAGGUCAGAAUCGGGCAAGAGAGGAGAUAGCAAAGAAGCUACUACCAGAACAGGAAGAUCAACCGCCAAGCAGCCUUUAAACUCGAAGACCCCGCUACCAUGGAACCGGGUAGCGGGCUCAAGAACCACGACGAUAAGAGUAGGACGCAAGAACGACCCCGUGAUCAUAACAGAGAACCCAGUGACCCCGGAGGACGCCACGACGCCGGUCAUUACACUGGACCAGCAAGACAAGAAGGCGCUCUGGGAGGCCAGACCUCCUCAGACAGUGGAAGUCACGGCAGUCACACUCGACAGGGUGAAACCACGAAACCUAUUCCCGGCGAAGGAUUGGAGGAACUUACUCAAGAAACACGGAAUACACCCGGUGGCCAUCUGGUUCCCGUGGAGAACCUCGGUCGAAAUACUAAUCAAGACGGACGAACUAGCAAUAAUGAACAGUCUAGCGAAAGCCAUGGGGAGAGAAGCGCUACUACUAGAUCCGACAAAGCGUCGCGAUGGCCAGCCACUACCACUAACCCAAGCAGCGCUAGCAACCUCUGCGAACAUAAGACUAAAAGACUUGGAGUACGAAAGGCACUGGACAGCGAGGAAGUACCUCGAGCAGACGAUCAAGAAGCUGAUCGAUCAGAUGGACGACGACAUGACCAAGACCAUGAUAGAAAAGGUAACGACUCGAGACGACUACCCCACAUUGAGAACCAGAAGCAGACCAAAGCACUACCUCGUCAUGGCAGUCAACAUUGACGGUUACAACGAUAAAAAGGAACUACAGUUGAGGAGCCUUAUACUGCACAACCGACCACAUUUGGUUAUUGUCACAGAAACAUGUACCGUACUACACCGAACCAUAUACGGAAGCCAAUAUACUGUCAUUGGAAAUGCAGGGCCGGCAGAUGGAGUAGCUUUGAUGAUAAGACAGGAUGUGCAGUACCGAAUAACCACCAAGACAACGAGGACAAUCACAGCUGAGUUAGAUGGACUGGUCACCUGCGUAGGUACCUAUGGACCCACCGAGCAAACUGCCGACAAGGUUAAGGCACAAUACUGGGAUCACCUGACAAAACAAAUAGCUGGAGAUAAGCCGAUGUUGAUUGCAGGCGAUCUCAAUGCUGGGCAUGAGAGGACAGAACUAAGGACAGUAAAAGGCAUACCAAACUACACCCGGCUGCAAAGAAUGGUGCAACACCAUGACCUGAACAUACUACCAACAUCACCUACAUGGAUAUCGAAGAGGUCCAAGGACCAGACACCAAGCCGAACCCUGGACCGUAUACUGGUCAGCACCGCCCUUACUAACGACAACGAGGUACAGCUUGACUGGGAGAAUGCGCCAGCCGACCACGCCAUACUAACGUAUAAAUGGAUCAUACAUUCACUGAAUCACAGCCAAGGAAGACCGAGGAGCCAGCAACUAGUGAGGGACCAUAUGGAACCCAUCACCAAGACCUGGCUUGGGCUAAGACAGAAGCUCAAACUACACUUCCGGGCGCAACAAACACGAGUCAAUAAACAGCCCAAUCCAUACCAGAGACUAUGGGAGCAGUAUAGGAAGCAGAAUGGUGAAGAAGGCCUAACUCUAAUCGACACGGAAGGCAAGGAUAUGGAACCGGAACAAGCCAGAUUGCAACUACGGCAAAUGCUACAUGACAGAUGGAAUCAAACUGACAGUAAUUACAUCCCACCAAGGAGGGAAUCAAAGAUAUACAUGGAUCAACCACCCUGCACAAAAGAGAUUAUAGAAGCAGUGAAGGCUAUUAAUAAGAAGGCAGCCACGGGUUUAGAUGGUAUACCAGCACGAUACGCCAGCGCGAUACCGAUCGAAGACUUGGAAGAUUUCACUGAGCAGGUGUGGAGGCACACGAAACUGCCCAGACAACUGGUCGACAUGAAGGUGAAGCCGAUUCCAAAGACACUACCGAGGACCACCGUGGAUAACACGAGACCCAUCACCAUCCCAUCGACCGUGAUGAAGAUAAUCAACCAAAUCAUACUACAGCACAUUACUCCUUACAUUGAGCCACACCUACUGCCACAACAGCACGCCUACCGCAAAGGAAGGGGAACCGCUACGGCAGUUGCUGAACUCUUCAACAAAUUCAACCGACAAGGACAGACGCUCUUACUACUUGACCUAUCGAAGGCCUUUGACACUGUUGACCACGCGGCCCUCUUUGCGGCCUUAAGAAACGCGCAAGUACCCAGUAAGGAGUAUAACCUUAUACGCGACCAAUAUGUGGAUGCCGAAGUACGAAUACAAUGGGCUAAGAGGUUCACCUUACCAUUCCUACUAACUAACGGGAUCAGACAGGGAUGCACACUUAGCACUACCCUGUUCAAUCUCGUCGAAGCUGAAAGGGAAAAGAAAUGCCGUAUCAAGAUGCAAAGAGUGCCAUAUGAAGUCAUCAUGUAUGCUGAUGACAAAGCGGUGAUUUUAGAAGACCCUACUUCCGUCCAGAAAGUGCUAGAUGUCAACCAACAGACGGCUGCGGAAUACGGGAUGUUUCAGAACAAUAAGAAGACGGUGCAACUAACGCUAGAUCGGGGCACCAAGAUGAUUCAGACGGCCAGGUGGAUGGGUAUCCUGCUCGACAAUAAGAUGAGCAUGAACCCGGAAGUGGACCACAGGAUUGACAAAGCCAAGAUAGCGGCAAAAAGCUAUAUCGAGACCAUCAAGAAUAUACCGCCCUCAAUGAUCAGUACCAGAAUUAAAGUCAGCGGAGCGUGCUCUAUAAUAUUACCACACCUCGUCUACUUGUGGAGGGAAAUACCCUUCACGCCACAGCAGAGAGCCACCCUGACUGACACCGCGACACAAUUAUUGGCCAGAGUCUUCGAUAACACGAGCGGGGUGACAGCUACCUCCAUACUGAGGCACGUUAAUGAAAUAACCAAAGGACUGACACCAAGAAUCAAGGAAAUAAAAACCCUGGACCAUAUAAUGCCCAAACAGAUGCUACAGGACGUGCCGAUGGACACGGGAGAACUGAAGGGGACGGACAUCGUGUAUGCGCGUCUGGACCAGCAGAUGGAGAUCCUCGCGGAUAAAGGCACUGCGGCACUAAAGAUGAGUAUACCGAAGUUACAGCUGCCAACGAAAGAAACCGAAAUUAGCUACUACAGUCCAAGAGAAGAACCACAAUACGAGGAGACCAGAGAACUGUUUGUUACUACCCUUGAAACCUCACCGCCGACUCCUGGGUUUGGAAAGGACAAGCAUCAUCCGCAGAUGGACAACAUGGCCCUGCGACUAGACACGAUACAACGAGUAGAGCAAGUGCAACUCACCUGCCCAUACUGUGGGGCCACAAAAACUACUAAACAAGCCAUGCGUUCACACUACACUACCGCACACCAGGGAUUAUAUCGGCCACCUGCUGAUGAUCCGUGCUUUUGUGUAGCCUGCAGAAGAGUGAUGACCAAGUCUUAUUAUAGAGACCACCGCUGCAGGAAGCCAAAGCAGGAGGAAUACGGCGAGGCAGACUGUAUAGGAUGCGGUAUUAAGCUCACAAAUCCACAACUAUCGGCACAUCUGAUACACUGUGUCAGGUAUGAAGGGCAACUAACACCGUUAAAGCAGAAUACCGGAGCAUUUGAGUUUGCGAAGAAGAUACGAGAAAUGUUAAGACCGUCGUCACCGAAACUGAAAUCGACGCAACAACUGACAGCGGAGACUGUCGCCACCACAGAACACAUACUCGCACAAGCAAGAAACAGCCUACGGCCGCACACACCGAGAGGUGAGAAUGCGCCAGCAAGUAAGGGGAAGCUGAGGUUGAGGAGUGACGGAGACCUGAAUGAUGAGGUGGAGAAGAUGAGAAGAGACACGGAGGAGAGAAUCAGGAAGGAGCAAUCAACCUGCAAUCGGUGUAAUAAGGAACUCAAGUCCUCACAGGCACUUAGACGCCAUGAGGCCCUAUAUCACCCGGGUACGGAGCGACCGAAAGGGCUCCCAGUAUUCUGCAUCGGCUGCAAUAUGCCUUUCAAAACGGCUGCUACAUACGUUAAACAUAAGUGUUCAGGAACAAUGGCGCAGGAGCUGUCAGCCAAACGAUGUCAGAUGUGUGACCAGGGCGAGCUACCAAAUCCAGAGUACUCCGCACACAUGCUCGCCCAUCAGAUCACCACUGACAACCUGGAGAUUACACAAAAAGAACUCUACGAUCCCAAGAAGCGGGUGACCACUCAGGUCACCAAUAAGCUGAAGGUAUGUAUGCACUGUGAGAUGGUACAGACGGACCCACAUUUGAUGAAGCAGCAUUACAAAAGAUACCACUCAGGAGAAUACAAGCCACCUAAGGUGCUACCAGCCUACUGUGUGGGUUGCAGUAAGUUACUGCCUAUCCACUACUAUAGAAUCCACAAGUGCCGAGGGAGCAUGAAGGAUGAGAUGAGGACGCAUUGCUGUAAGACAUGCGAGGAGACGAUGGCGAAUCCAGAGUUAUCAGCGCAUUUGAUACAGUGUAUGAAACCGACGGAUGCAGACUUUGAUCUACACAAGGUAAGCAAACACGACUAUGACGGGAUAAGAGAUCUUGAGAUGCGUAUCUCGUCGGAGGAAGAGGAAGAUGAGGAGUCACCCCCGGUAAUGAACAUAAGAGAGCGUACCCUGGAGGCCAUCAAGCGAAAAUUAAUGACGUGCCCAGCGUGCAGCAAAACUUUCACCACCACGCAAGCAAAGAGACGUCACGACGAAGCAACUCAUCGGCAGCAAACGCCCAUAAAGGGCAAUCCGGCGUGGUGUACUGGAUGUCAUAGAGGAUACCAAGGAUCCAGUGCCUACACCCGACACUUCUGUCGGAACACGGAUCAUGAAGAAGACGUAGACGCAUGUGACUUCUGUGGAGAGAAGCUUGCGAAUCCGGACCUGUCGGUGCAUCGACUCCGACACUACGAGGAGAAAGAACAGAACGCCGGAAAGAACUAA